UGUGCGCUAGAUAGUUCAGGAGGCAAAUGCACAACACCUGUGAAGAAUGAAGUAUCUAACCACAUUAACCUGUCUGGUGCUAACGAUUUCGAAGCUACAAAACAUUUCUGCAGAAGUGAAUUGUGUGAAAUGUGAAGAUUGUCCGGAAGAAAUAACUGAUGUAUAUGAAAGUGAACCGUGUGAAUCCUCUUGUGCCAUAUAUAAAAAUGACGGUCUGGUUGUGCGCGGUUGUUACACCGGAGAAGUGACGCCUUUGGACACUCCAUGUACUGAGGAGCACUGUAACAAGGCACGCGUGCCGGUUUGUGAAAAAUGUUCUAUAUUGGAUGACUGCACGACAGUAGCGUGUGACGCAUUGGAUGAUGAUUGUUAUGUUGGAAAACUGGAUGAAAGUCGUGGUUGCACUUCAGAUGAUAUUUAUGGUGGCACCCCGGAAAACUUUGAUGUAUGCUCUACGGACAGCUGUAAUCGUAUCGUCGAAUGUGUCAUAUGCAACUCAGCCAAUGGAGAACAGUCGGACUGCUUGGAGAAUCCGAAUAAAUAUCUCACACCUUGCAAAAAUCACGGUUUGCCCAAGGAAAAUAACUGCUAUCGAUGCCAAGAAAGCAGUGUAAGUUUCCAACUAGGAUGCACUUCUGCUGAUGACAAGGAUUCAAGUUCAUAUUGCACCGAUUGUUGUAAGGAAUGUGAAUCUGAUAAUUGCAACUCAAAAGAGUUUCUCACUUGUUAUGCAUGUCCAGAUUGUUCUCAUUCGAUGGAUGAAGUUUCUGAAACUUUUCGUUGUCAAGACUAUGACACCGAAUGUUACAUCGCAUAUGACGUUACUACUCAAAUUACCUCUCGGGAUUGCACGGAUGGGCUAACGUCGGACAGGCUCGGAGACAUCGUUAUGACAUGUCCGCAAUCCAUGUGUAACUCUGCCGAAUUUCCAACGCAUCUUCAGUGCCAUCAGGACGGAAUUGAUAGGAGCGAAUACUGCCUAUCAGUGGAAUCAGCCAAAUGCUACACAUUGGAAGAUGCCGAGGGAGGUCUACACUACGGUUGCGAUCUGGAUGAAGGAUUCAAUGAUUGCAGCGAAUUUUCCAAUUGUUUGGUUUGCAGUUCUGAUGGGUGUAACACACCGGUGGACCACGAGAAUAUUCAUCUGGAAUGCAUUACCUGCAGAGACACGGAAGAUUGUAUCAAUGCAGCCUGUGAAGAGGCCAAAUUUUAUGACGGAUGUUUCACGUACAUCAGCGGUUCUACUGUAGAGAAAGGUUGUCUGAAUGCACUGACAAACGACGGUUCAUCUUCCGAAGUAUAUUUGGCGUGCAAUAUUGAGGCUAGCAAAGACGACCCACCAUGUUACAAAUGUACUGAAUCCAACUGUAAUGCAGUCCACUGUCUGACGUGUGAUUCUGAGUUCAACGAUGCAUGCGUCGAAGGCAACGCAGAGACUAUCAGCUACGAAGUAUGUCCUCCCGAAGACACUUGCGUGAUGUUUGUUGAAAAUGGUUACACCAAAAGAGGAUGCUCGAGCAGUUUCGAGGAAACAGUAUCGGGUAGUACCGGUCCUGGUGAAAACGUUGGAUUGAUUCCGGAAAAUGCUUACAAGUGCUACCAGUGCGAAAAUGAUUGCGAACAUAUUGAUGAAAGUCAGCUCAAGUACUGCAGUCGCAACCAUGUGCUUGGAUGCUUCUAUAAAUUCAAUGGAGAAUCUAUCACGAGUCGUGGAUGUUUAUCUGAAUUGGAUACGAAAUGUGAAGACGAUUUGGAAUGUUUUGAGUGUGAUGAAAGCAAGUGCAACUCGGCCACAUCUUUUGAAUGCUUUGAGUGCACUUUCCAGGAUGGUGAGAACGACUGCGUGGGUAAUUUGAACCCUUCUACUUGUAAAACAACCGAAAGUUGUGUAAUUUACGUACGGGACGAAGAUAGCUUCGUACGAGGAUGCGUAAGUGAAGAAUCGCUACCAUCAUGCAGCAAAGUAUGUGAUACCAAUCUGUGCAAUGAUAACGACGUUUGCGGAGCGACAAGUGAUUGUAAUGGUUUAUGUAGUGAUGUCCAGUCGAAUGAGAAAUGUGUUCGAUACCAAAAUGAGGGAGAGGUGCGUUUAGGUUGUAAUGAAUACAAAAACGAAAUUUGUGGUUCAGAUGCUGAACAUUGCUACACAUGUGAUGCCAAUUUUUGCAAUACAAAAGAACUUGCAGAAUGCUUCACUUGUACGCAGCAAUGCUCAACAACAGAUUUAUAUGCAACAAAACUUUGUGAAAAUAUCGACGAUGAAUGUUACACUGCUAGAAAUGUAAACGGCGAGGUGGUUCGUGGUUGCGCUGGAGAUGUUGAUAUCGACUCACUGUCUGAUUACCAGCCAUGUUCGAACCCAGCUUGCAACAAAGAACCAGUCUACUCAUGCUACCGAUGUCUUGGCUGUGACACUGUUGGCACGUUGACUCCCGAAGCAUGCGAUCUACCAACGUUUGAAGGAUGUUAUACUGUGCAAAAUAUGGACGAUCUUACAGUGGAUCGUGGUUGUGUAGGCGAUAGUAAUUAUGAAACAUGUCUGGCAGAUGUUAAUUGUAUAACCUGUGAGGAUAAGGAGGCAUGUAACACUGAUACAAUUCGAACAGAACCGUUGUGGUGUUCUUCUUGUCAAUCAGCAGCAGAGUGCUCGGAGUAUACACCACCCGAACAGUGUAAAGAUGGAAUGCUUGUUGAUCAAUGCGUAGAAUAUGAAGUGUUCAGCAGUCUGGUAUUCAGAGGGUGUCUCAGUGAAGGAAUAUCAUUGGAGAUUGUAUCUGACUGCUACGGACCAAGAACUUCCUGCACGCUUUGUAAUAACAACUACUGCAAUACUCCAGAUCUAACUUGCUACAAAUGUUCAAGUGAAGAGGAAAUCGAAUGCAUAACAAACCCAGCGGACAUCGGAGUAUCGGAAACCUGUAUUGGCCUCGCCCAUUGUUAUACCGAAGUAACCGUCAAUGGUCAUCUAAAUCGAGGCUGUUCCGCUGGACAGAUUGAUGAUGACAUGGAAGGUCCUCUUAAAAAGAGUUGUCAAAGUCAUAUGUGCAAUUCAGAUAUAAUACCCACAGAUCGUUUGCAUUGCUACCAAUGUAAAGAUCUGAAUUGUCUUGUGCCUACCGAACCGAAACCAUGUCCUGUUUACGAAUCUGACCAACAAUGCUACACAUAUGCAGAAACCGAAACUGCCGUCUAUCGAGGUUGCACCGAUGAUGAAUGGAGACUAUUUUACAGUGAUAAACCCUGCAAAUUAUGCCGUGAAAAUAAUUGUAAUAUUCAUCCAGCUGUUGUUCCGAAUACACUUUCCUGUAUUCAAUGCACCAGCAACAGUGAUUGUGACGGUAAGGCUUUCGGGCAAACGUGCACCAAGCAGUUACUUCUGGAACGGAAUGAUUUAUGCUAUACACAAUACUUCACCGGUCUUCCGAUUGAAAAGGGUUGUCUCUCUGAUCUGUCGACACUGCAUCCCUAUUACGAAGCAUGCCAGGAGAACAACGAUGAUUGUGAAACCUGUCCGGAGGACGAUUGUAACAAAGGAGAGGCACUUUGUUACGUGUGCGACUCGGAGAAAAAUGUGGAUUGUUCGGAAUUAUCUACCAACGAAUACACCUCAGAAUGCGAUGGGAAAUGCGUGACAUUGGUAAAUGACUACACAAAACGAGACUGCAUCGAAAAUUUCUCAAGUUUGAAUGAAGUUGAUUGUGAAAGUUCAUCCCUUUGCGAGAUCUGUCAAGACAGGCUAUGUAACAACAAAAUGCUGCCAGCAGACAGGACGCAGUGCUAUGUUUGUCAGGGCUCCGAUUGUGUUAGUCCAUCGCCGGCAAAGUUGAAAGCUUGUUCGCGGUACAGGGAAAUCGAUCAAUGCUACACGCUCGUCGUGAACGCAUCGUGGGUCGAAAGAGAUUGCUUGUCAAGCGUCGAGGGAGAGUUGUGUGGUGAUUACUGUGAGGCAUGCCUAGGUAAAGGGUGCAACAUUCAUGGUAUCAUGGAAACGAAUUCGCUCUCAUGUGUACAAUGUAAAGGAGAUGAAUGCAUCGAUAAGGUGGAGGGCAGUAAAUGCUCUUCAAUGGUUCUUCUCGGAAGACAGGACCAGUGUUAUACAUAUCAGGACGAAGAAACGAUUCAGAAGGGUUGUUUAAGUGAUUUAGAAGACGAAGAUUACAUUAGAGAAAAUUGUACGAAUGGUAAUGAUGGAUUGUGUUUGCUGUGCAGCACAAACGAUUGCAAUGGAGAUCUUCACUAUUGCAUUACCUGCGACUCUGAGGAAGAUCGCGAAUGCGGUGGAAGGAUGUUUGAAAUACCUGAGGACAAGAUGGAAUUGUGCGAUGGACGUAAAUGCGUCAGCUACAUUGAUGCUGACGACAAUACUCACAAAGGGUGCUAUGACGAGGCAAUCGAUUAUGGAGAGGAAUUCGCAUUGUUCGCCGAAUGUACGGAAUCGAUGUGUAACAAUGUUGUGUUUCCGGAUAAACGUAUUUUGUGCCAUCAGUGUGACAAGAGCGAAUACUGUCAAGAGACACCAUCAGGCCAGCCGAUUGUGUGUUCCAAGUAUGAUUCGAAUGAUUCAUGUUACGUUAAAAUUGAAGAUGGCACGUUAUCUCGGGGAUGUUUGUCGGACGAACAAGCUGAUUGUGCUGACGAUGCUUGUGAUAUCAUCUGUAGCAGCAAUGGCUGCAAUGAUCACCCAUACGAGUAUGAUAGUUCGCUGUCUUGUAUCGAUUGCGCUGGUGCUCGGCAAUGCGAAACAGCUACUGAACCCGUGGCUUGCAAAGGAUCAGUUAUUCUGGGUCAGUCAGAUGCAUGUUACAGCCAACAAGUCAAUGGGGAAGUUAUCCGAAAAGGUUGCGCUAGAGAACUACAAAGCGACUGUUCGACAAGUCAGUGCACCAUAUGCAAUUGUAACAAUUGCAAUCUUAUUGCGACAAGCUCUAAAACUCUUACCUGUAUAGUGUGCACUGGGGAAGGAUGUGUAAAUGAGCUAAUGGAAGAAGGUACCUGUGACAAAGCUUGUAUUUCUUAUGUUUCUAAAGAGGGAGUCGUGUCACGUGGCUGUUGGGAAACAUUUGAAACGAUCUGCUCAGACUACGGUACAGAGCAUGAAACCUGUUUUGAAGAUAACUGCAAUAAAGACAUUUUCCCUAAAGACAGAAUACUCUGUCAUCGUUGCGAGGACUGUGCUGAGGAUAUCGGUAGUCCUGAAAUCUGCCCCAUAUAUGUUAAGGAAGAUCAGUGUUACAUAGCGAUAUCAGAUGACAGUACCACCGUGAGUCGAGGAUGCCAAUCCGAAUUGCUGACUAAUUGCGUUGGACUUUCUUGUACUCUGUGUGAUACAUCUGGAUGCAAUGAUCGAAAUCCAUUGGAAUCUAACACCACAGAUAUUCCUGAGGUGACAACUGAUCCAGUCAAUACUCCGACAGAUUCCUCAAAUACUCCAACUGAUCCCAUAAAUACACCAACCGACCCUAUAAAUACUCCAACCGAUACACCAAAUACCCCAACUGAGCAAGGUAGUACUCCAACUGAUAUUGGAAGCACCCCGACGGUACCCGAACCAUCAACACCCGCCUGCAUUCGAUGCAAUGAAUCCAUCGAUGUUUCUUGUGGGUGGGGUUACCAAACGAAUGCGACCGAACAAUGUCCCUCGGAGGAUGAAACUGGUUGUUUCACCUGCUGGAGUGAUAGCUUCGUCAUCCGUGGAUGCGCUUCAGAAGCACCGCAGAGCUCAUGCACUGCGGAACCUGGAUCGUGUAGUGGCAGCGGCUGUAACAAUGAAAAUGUACGAGUUCAACAAUGUGCUGUUUGCACAUCCAGCGGUUCGUGUAGCUCUUCGUAUCCCGUACAAACCUGCGAUGGAAUUGUAGAGUACGCCCAUCGGGGCUGCUAUCUGCUGCGAAACGAGAGAAGAAUCAUUGUCGAGCGCGGGUGCGUUGCAUCACUUUCCGAUUCUUCGAGGGUUGUUUGCGAAAGUUCUAGUGAUGCGUGCACUCUAUGCUACGCAGAUGGCUGUAACAGUGGCAUGACAACCAGGAUUUUGAAUGGUUUGAUUGCAACCAUUGCAGCAUUUGGGUUAAUACGGUAUAUGAUAUUUUAAUUAGGAUAAGUUAAUAAACUACUAAUUUUG